AUGGACUAUUCGUAUGACGAGGACCUGGACGAGCUGUGUCCGGUGUGUGGUGACAAGGUGUCGGGCUACCACUACGGGCUGCUCACGUGCGAGAGUUGCAAGGGUUUCUUCAAGCGCACAGUCCAGAACAACAAGCAUUACACGUGCACCGAGAGUCAGAGCUGCAAAAUCGACAAGACGCAGCGUAAGCGCUGUCCCUUCUGCCGCUUCCAGAAGUGUCUGACCGUGGGCAUGCGCCUGGAAGCUGUGCGUGCUGACCGAAUGAGGGGUGGCCGGAACAAGUUUGGACCCAUGUACAAGAGAGACCGGGCCUUGAAGCAGCAGAAGAAAGCACAGAUUCGUGCCAAUGGCUUCAAGCUGGAGACUGGACCCCCAAUGGGGGUGCCCCCGCCACCCCCUCCCCCACCGGACUAUAUGCUACCCCCUAGCCUGCAUGUACCUGAGCCCAAGGCCCUGGUCUCUGGCCCACCCACUGGGCCGCUGGGUGACUUUGGAGCCCCAGCUCUGCCCAUGGCUAUGCCUGGUACCCAUGGGCCUCUGGCUGGCUACCUUUAUCCUGCCUUCUCUAACCGCACCAUCAAGUCUGAGUACCCAGAACCCUAUGCCAGCCCCCCUCAGCAGUCAGGGCCACCCUACAGCUAUCCAGAGCCUUUCUCAGGAGGGCCCAAUGUACCAGAGCUCAUACUGCAGCUGCUGCAGCUAGAGCCAGAGGAGGACCAGGUGCGUGCCCGAAUAGUGGGCUGCCUGCAGGAUCCAGCCAAAAGCCGCUCGGACCAGCCAGCCCCCUUCAGCCUCCUCUGCAGGAUGGCAGAUCAGACCUUUAUCUCCAUUGUGGACUGGGCGCGAAGGUGCAUGGUGUUCAAGGAGCUGGAGGUAGCUGACCAGAUGACACUACUGCAGAAUUGCUGGAGUGAGCUGUUGGUGUUGGACCACAUCUACCGCCAGGUCCAGUACGGCAAGGAGGACAGCAUCCUGCUGGUCACUGGGCAGGAGGUGGAGCUGAGCACAGUGGCAGUGCAGGCUGGCUCUCUGCUGCACAGCCUCGUGCUGCGGGCACAGGAGUUAGUGCUACAGCUGCAUGCGCUGCAGUUGGACCGCCAGGAGUUCGUCUGUCUCAAGUUCCUCAUCCUCUUCAGCCUUGAUGUGAAAUUCCUGAACAACCACAGCCUGGUGAAGGAUGCCCAGGAGAAAGCCAACGCUGCCCUGCUGGAUUACACCUUGUGUCACUACCCGCAUUGCGGGGACAAAUUCCAGCAGUUGCUAUUGUGCCUGGUGGAAGUAAGGGCACUGAGCAUGCAGGCCAAGGAGUACCUGUACCACAAGCAUUUGGGCAAUGAGAUGCCCCGCAACAACCUUCUCAUUGAGAUGCUGCAGGCCAAGCAGACUUGAGCCUGGGCACCUGGAAACAGGCAGUAGGUGGGGAUGCCACUGCCUCCAAAUGACUCAUUGCAUUAGGUGAUCCAGGAGUCCUGUCCUUAGGCCCCUGCCCCCGAGUUCUGGAGCUGUGUGCUUGGGAUGGUGGGUCAAAGAUGGACAGGGACUACCUGGGGCAGGUUGCCUUCACCAGCCACUGGCACAAACCUGCCACUUGGAGUGCCCCAAGGAAGUGGCUUCUAGCCACUCCUUCCUCCAUCUGCCCCCAGAUUCUUUCCUGGCAUCUGAGGUACAAGUCCCGGGAGGAGGUUUGGGAUUCCCUGGAUGUUCCUUGGGUCAGAGGUCAUCCUUUCCCUCUCUCCUGUAAUCAGAGGCAGGGGAAGGUCUACAGCAUAAAUGAGGGCAGAGGAGGGUCUCUAGACUCCCCUGAAGAAGGGAAGGAAGUCCAAUGUUGUAAACUGAGUUUGCUAAAUUGGGUAGGGUCUUCCCUGGAGGGUACCAAGAGACUGGGUCAGGUACAAAGACCCCUCUCCAGCUCUCCACCUGUCUAAUUCUGAUUCAUUACCUGAAAAAAGACUUUGUUGUAAUCAUCUUCCUAUCCACCCAGGGAGGAGGAGUCUGGUGUUGUCAACAUUUGUACCUUGGCUGGGCUGGUACUUAUUUGUAAGUUUGUAGUCACCAGGAUUCUUUGGUGUUUGCUUUUCCUUUCCCCUAGACAGUCCUUGGAAGGAAAGAGAGAGAGAGAGAGAGAGAGAGAGAGAGAGAGAGAGAGAGAGAGAGAGAAACAGCAGGAGAUAGAUUGAGGACUGAGCUGGGAUGUGGGGAUUAGCACUGAAGUUUUUUCUCCUGAUAUCUCAUUCCAAGAGUCAGGGUGGCAUCGGGUCAUCUUUAUGUACCCCACCUUACUCCAGAGAAGAGCUGUUGCUUGCCCUCUGCCUGCUCCACUAGAGUCCCUGCAGGUGGGGAUAUGGGAAACCUAGGAGGACUCAGGAGUCUUUAGAUGGAGGCAGUGCUGAGGAGUCUCUCCUCUCAUGGCUUCAUCCUUUUGGGUCUCCUGCCACAACUCUAGAAGCUGGCCUCAGUUGCCUGACCUCUGCUUUGUAUCCUGGAAGU